AUGUCGUUUGCCAACUUGGAUCUUGAGGCCCAAAAACAGGCUCCAGGCAAUGGGAGCACAUCCGGCCCCACAGAUCAGUUCAACAGGAUAAGUUCCCAGCUGUCGGAUCUGAUCUCCAACAUCUCAAAAUUCGAUAAAUUGCAGCAACAGCUAGGUACAAAAAAAGACACUCUUAGUCUGCGAGACAAGCUGUCAUCACUAGUCAAAAAAUGUAACUCUCUGCAUUCAGAAAUUGACCAAAGCUUGUCAUCACUGGAGAAGAGUCCAGAGGUGAUAAAUAAUUCGACUUUGCAGUACACUAAACAGAAGCUCAAAGCGCAAUGUGCAGAAAUGUUCCGCAAUUACCAAUUGGUUCAGCGAGCGUACAAUGAGCGGCUUCAGUCCGUGGUAGUCAAUGAAGAGUACGAAAACAACAAAAAUGACGCCAACCCUGCCGAAACAACUCCUCUUCUUCAGCAGCAGCAGAAGACCCAGAUCACUAACGCGGAGCUGGAAUUUCACGAGUCGGUUAUACAACAAAGAGAGCAAGCCAUCGAUAACAUAUCCCGCGGUGUUCAGGAUAUCAAUAAGAUUUUUCAGGACCUGAAUGAAAUGGUCAACCAGCAAGGCGAGCAGAUCGAUACAAUUGAGGACAAUUUAUUAACAUAUACCAGCGAUAACCGCGUUGCACAUCGUGAGCUUGCUAAGGCGGAUGCGUACCAAAAGAAAAAAAGAAAGUGGACAUGUAUAUUGUUGGUCGUGCUGGUGGUGGUUUUAUUGAUCUUGAUAGCUCUUAUGAACUAA